AUGAAGUGCAUCAAGUGCAACAACCCAGCCACCCCUGCCAACGCCGCCCCGACAGGCUCGAAGACGGUGUCUUCGGUUGAGCACUACGCGUGUCGUGGGGCUAACAGGGCCAUGAAGGCCCGCAUCAAGGACAACAAGCACCUCAAGACCUGGUGGGACAACCUGAAGGGAGAUGACUUGACGGACUGGUACGACAGACAAUACAAGAAGGCGCAGCCAGGAAGGGGGCACAGGAGGGAGUGGGACGACACGCAGUUCACUCAGUGGCAGGAGAGAUCCACUGGCUCCGAGAACCGCAACCGGACCCAUUGGCAGCCCUUCGACGAGUACGAGACCUUCUGGUUGAUCAGGGGUAAGGACCCAAAGCAGAUCGAGAAAGACUGGCUCAAAGAAUGCGAGGACCCCUCCAAAGGCGCCAAGAAGGAGAACGGCGAGUGGCUGCUCCCAAAAUUCAUUGGCGUGAUCGAGGACGCAGUGAACACGAACAUGACCCACUCCAGCGUGUCCCGCACCGUGAAGGCGACUGACGUCGAGAUGGCGAGGGAGGUUCAAGAGGAGAUGGAUGCGGAGCACGAUGCGGUGAACAGGAGGGUUCUGCUAACCAUGGCCUCCAGGGUCGGCACAGGGGCUUCUACUGAUCGUGCUAUGUCAAUGCAACCGGAAGAGCACAACGUGCAGACUCCUGCUGCGAUGUCGAUGGCGCCCUCACUACCCAACGAGAUCUUGCGGGACAUGAAGCGCAAGCUGGCGGCGGAGCAGGAACUGGACGAGGAGCUGGCUGCGAUUGUCCAACAGGAAGCGGACAGGACGGCCCAGGAGAAGAGGGAAGGGGGUGGCAAGCGGCAGAAGAGCCUCGACGUGGUGAAGUUGAACGCCCUCCAGACCUCCAGCUCCUACGCGACCAAACUGAAGGGCGACGGCGACACCAUGGGCAGCAAGAAAGAUGAUCUCGUCAAGGGUCUGGACACUGUGAUGCAAGCGCUACUGGCAGGGAGCGACGCCUCCGACGGUGAAGGAGGAGCCGCCGCCACAUCAGACUUGAAGGGUCGCUCGGACCUUCUCAAAACGAACUUGGACGCUGUCGUCUUGGCGUACAAGACCAAUGUCCAGGAUUUCAUCGAGAAGAAGCUGCCCAGGUCCAACAUCACAAACUGCACUGACUUUGAGCAGUUGGACGGUGUCCUGAGCACGAUGAAGGCCGACGUCGCGAACUGGAAGAAGAAUGAGCAGUCGAUUCAGAACUUCAAAGAUGCGCACGGCCAGGGGAUGAAGCUCAUCAAGGAAGCGCAGAAGGCGCUGGGCAAGGCUACGCACAAUGUCGGUGCUCCUGGACUUGGCGGCGACGGCGACGCGAUCAAGUCCCCUGGCAUCAAGAAUUUGAUCAUCAUGCAGCAGACAAUGGCAGCGCACUUUGACCAUGGCGCGAUGGACCUCUCGGAGAUUGGCACGUUCUGGGAAGAUCAGAAGGUCUUUCACUUCACGAGCCGAGCGGAGUGCGACCUGCGUGAGAAAGCCAAGUCCCUGGCGGCCGACGACUACUUCGGCAAGUCUGCGAAAUGGCUGACGAAGCACAUGAAGGAGAACGAACUGCUGGGUGCCAAGGCAGCCAUCAUGAAGGUAGUCUACGAGCGCUCGGUCAACUCGAUCAUGUCGGAGUGCUUCCCUGCCGCGGUGUUGGAGAAGGUAAACCUUAUCUUCGAGACCCAGCUCUUCCGGUACCUGUGCGGCUGGAACAUCUGCACCCCUGGAGCCUUUGGCUGCGGUGAGCUCAUGUGGGUUUUCGCUGGCGAGGCCGUGGUUGCAGGCGUUCCAGAAUCACAAUGUCCAGGCUCCACCCUCAAGGACAAGGUGAACUUUCUUCAGGCCGCAACUAAAGAGGACUGGAACCUUGUCACGUCUAGGCCAGGCGGCUUCCGGGUCAAGCUGCAGGCGCCAAACGCGAUUGCUUUCCCUCCUGGUGUGAUCGUUACCGUCGCGGUGCUGUCUACCACGUUCGAGGGCGCGCGCCGUGGCAUCUUGAAUCAAGUUGCCGCUCACAGUGCUUUCGCCAUGCUCGAUCAGAUGCGCACGACCUUCGAUGGGGCUGAUGAUGAGGCUCACAAAUCGUGGGCUAGGUACUUGAAGGCGGGACUGUAG